AUGCACCCGACACCUUUCUUUCUUUCCGUUCAUGUCCACUCUGACCAAGGUCUCCCCAAGAUCGUGACCGUCGUCCUAGCGGCAGGCCCCGCCGCCGUUCCCCUCGGCAGUGCAGGAACAUUCGUUAUCCUUGCCAAAUCAGGAGUCUCCACCGUUCCCCAGUCUAUCAUCGAUGGUAAUAUCGGCGUGAGCCCCGCGGCAUCGAGCUCCCUCACCGGAUUCUCUCUCACUAAAGCCGGCACCUUCGCGGCCUCGCACCAAGUCAUUGGGGAGCUUUAUGCCGCAGAUUUCACCUCACCGACGCCAAGCCAAUUGACUACUGCAAUUUCGGACAUGCAGACUGCCUUCGUCAACGCUGCAGGACGUGUUAACCCAGACUUCCUCAAUCUCGGUAGUGGCAGCAUCGGUGGAUUGACUCUCAAGCCUGGUCUGUACAAGUGGACCAACUCCGUCUCUAUCCCAUCCACGGUGACCAUAUCCGGCACUUCGUCCGAUACGUGGAUCUUCCAGAUCUCCGGCGGGCUCUCCUCCGCUGCAGGUGUCAAAGUCAUUUUGGCCGGCGGUGCGCGUGCAAGCAACAUCGUCUGGGUCGUCUCUGGUGCCGUCACACUCGGCAGCACUUCGCAUUUCGAAGGCGUAUUGCUCGGCGCUACUUCUGCGACACUCGUCACGGGAGCGACGAUGAACGGCAGGGUGUUGGUCCAGACCGCGGCUGCGCUCCAAAAGGCAACUCUCAUUGAGCCUUGA